AUGUCAUCCGAAAUUUCGCUCACAGAAGGCGAAGCCGAUUUCCACGUUGAAGGAGCCGGCCAGCCCUGCAAGACUCACUACAAAAUCUUUGGCACCUUCCCCUCUCCAUCCGGUGUUCGACCUCUCAUCGUCCUUCAUGGCGGUCCAGGCGUUCCACAUAACUACCUCCUCCCCAUCCGCCACCUAAACCAGAACUCCAUCCCAGUAAUAUUCUACGAUCAACUCGGCUGUGGCCUCUCAACCCAUCUCCCACACCUGACCGGCACUGCAGGAGCCGCCUUCUGGACACCGCAACUCUUCCUUUCCGAAAUCACCAACCUGCUCUCGCACCUCAAAAUCACCACCUACUCCCUCCUCGGUAACUCCUGGGGCGGCAUGCUCGCCUCCCUCCACGGCAUCUCCCAACCCCCAGGCCUCCACAAACUCAUCAUCGCCGACUCCCCCGCCUCCAUGCCGCUCUGGAUCACCGCUGCUCUAAAACUGCGCUCCCAGCUCCCGCAAGAUGUCCAAGAUACGCUCAGCAAGCACGAAAAAGACGGAACGACAGAUAGUGCGGAGUACGAGGCUGCGUCACAGGUCUUUUAUGAGAGACACUUGAAGGAGGAUAGUACGGUUUAUAAUGUAAUGAACGGACCAAACGAGUUCCACAUCACAGGCACGCUGAAAGAAUGGUCUGUAGUAGAUGAAGUGCAUAAGAUCAAAGUUCCUACUCUUCUAAUUAACGGGAAGUAUGACGAAGCGCAGGAUGAGGUCGUGGAGCCGUUUUUCAGGGGGAUCGAGAAAGUGAAGUGGGUUCGGUUCGCGGAAUCGAGUCAUUUGCCUCAGCUAGAGGAGAUGGAGGAAUAUCUCAAGGUUGUGAGGGAGUUUCUUGCUGAUUGA